AUUCGCGAACCAAAUUCAGGAGGAGCCUGAAGCGCGGGUGGCUUGACUGCGUAUUGCGAAUCUCGGCUCUCCUGACCGCAGUGGACGAUAUAGGCUACUCAAAUCGGUUAAUAAGGUUCGAGUUGGCAUAGUAAUAGCAGGCAGGUUAAAAAAAUAUACAGAUUAUGAUAUAAUAGAUAUUAAUCGAAUGCAUCUCUCAUUUAUUUCAGAUGCAGAGUGUGGGGCGUGGCUCCACCUAAAAUAAGACUCUUGCCUCCUUAUGCAGAUUGGCCAGACCUGCCCUGUUCUUGAACCGGGUAGUUCAGCGCUUCCGGCGAUUCUCAAUAGAUGACUCUCGGCCUCUUCGUACAUUGCACAAGGAGUAGACUGGCUAGUGUACGCUAGUUUGAGCCGUCCUCUAUUCCAAUAUCUUUCGGAGCUGUUGACAUUCAACCAACACUGAAGGGAACUUGAUAAAAAAGUUAACAUUUUGGAGUGAUCAUAACGAGCGCAUUUACCCAACCGUCUAGGUCCUCGCCAAGGACUGUCCACCCGGGAUGUUCGACCUAACGAAGGAAUGGAUUCUGUCGUUCGCCGGCUGCGGGUUCCUGGGGAUCUAUCACAUCGGAGUGGCCAGCUGCCUGUUGGAACAAGCGCCUUACCUCAUCAAAGGUGCCACCAAGAUCUACGGGGCUUCAGCUGGUUCCCUCUCCGCCUCGGUGCUCGCCAGCCAGGCAUCCAUAGGAAGAAGUGCCGUCUGGUACAUCAUGGCAGCACAUCAAUCCUACGUGCAUGAUAUGAUGAUACCACCACUUCCUUCUUACCCCCACACGGCUCUAUUUCCAUGUUACGACUUGUUCACGGAAGAGAGAGGCCUGUUCUAAUUAGCCAUGUAGCGUCUUCCAAUAACCGUGUGAAACGGAUGGACGGCAGAAAAUUGUUGAAACUGAGAAGUACUGUUGGCUGCAACUGUGUUAAAGGGAAAUAAAUUAAACAGCGUCUACUUCAUAUCUAUCAUCUCCAGCACCACCCCCAACAAUCUCAAUUGCGAUAAGGGUCUAAAAUCAUAAAGCCUUCUACUUUCAUAUCAAAUCAAAAAUAAUCGUACAAAUGCAAAAAAUACAUAUUUCCUGUACAGUGUUUAAAAGAGACAUUUAAAAAAAAAUCAGCUGCAUUAUCUCCUGCAUCACCCCAACAUCAACAUGAAAAUUGCACGUUUCUAUGUUUUGUAGUAAAAAAAAUAGAGGAAGAUAACCAAUUAGUAGGCAAUACCUACUCAAAACUGGUUAAAAUCACACAAUGCACACUAAUGUCAUUGGAAACACUUAUCUUUGUCCACACUGUUGAUUUUAUGUGCAUUUUACAUUUACUGUACUUUAGGCCGCAUUUCUUGAUGAUGAAAUGUUAUACUCUGUAUACAUUCAGUGGCAUGAUAAGAAUAUUCCUGGAAAAUGUGGUGUAGACGCAACGUAAGACGAAAACAUGACAAGGGUUUGAGUGAGAAGACUAACUGCUGUAACCAAGUAACCACACAGCUCUCCAAAGUGUGCACAUUUAAGUCAUUUCAAAGCGCUUUCAUGACUCAAACAGUCUUAAACUCUGAGGUGCUUUUUUGAGCUCCUAGCUGUGUCAUCGAGGAACUAGAGAAGGCACACUUGUAGUUGUUUUGUUUGGAACACAACCCUGCAUCCCCACCAGCACACAAUUACUGUUGAUGUUUACACAAUCCAAAAACGGUCCAUUAUAAAUCGCAAUCUGGGUCAGGUGGGCAUGAUUUGAAAACCUGUUCUAUUGCCAACAUGACUUGCUAAGGUAUAAAAUACAAUAUUACAGUGUUAUUCUUUCCCAAUGCAAUUCAGGGAAACAAUCAUUCUGGUGCGCAUGGAUAGGAGUCAUGAGUGCAUUAUGAGUCGUGUGCUGCGCAAAUUUUCUUCACUGUAGACAAACACAGGCUCAUUGUGUUCAGGAUAACACAGAGUAUAAUGCCAUGUCAUCUUGUAACUGUACAUCAAACAUAGAGACAUUGAUAUUGAUCUCAUCCCGUCAGUAGAUGAUGCCUGGUUAUUCUUUAAAAGUGCCUUCCUCACCAUCUUAAAUAAGCAUGCCCCAUUCAAAAAAAAUUGAACUAGGAAUAGAUAUAGUCCUUGGUUCACUCCAGACCAGUCUGCCCUUGACCAGCACAAAAAUAUCCUGUGGCGUUCUGCAUUAGCAUCGAAUAGCCCCCGUGAUAAGCAACUUUUCAGGGAAGUUAGGAACAAAUAUACACAGGCAGUUAGGAAAGCAAAGGCUAGCUUUUUCAAACAGAAAUUUGCAUCCUGUAGUACUAACUCAAAAAAAGUUCUGGGACACUGUAAAGUCCAUGGAGAAUAAGAGCACCUCCUCCCAGCUGCCCACUGCUCUGAGGCUAGGAAACACUGUUGCCACCGAUAAAUCCACUAUAAUUGAGAAUUUCAAAAAGCAAUUCGCUACGGCUGGCCAUGCUUUCCACCUGGCUACCCCUACCCCGGUCAACUGCCCGGCACUCUCCACAGCAACCCGCCAAAGUUCCCACCAUUUCUCCUUCACCCAAAUCCAGAUAGCUGAUGUUCUGAAAGAGCUGCAAAAUCUGGACCCCUACAAAUCAGCCGGGCUAAACAAUCUGGACCCUUUCUUUCUAAAAUUAUCUGCCUAAAUUGUUGCAACCCCUAUUACUAGCCUGUUCAACCUCUCUUUCGUAUCGUCUGAGAUUCCCAAAGAUUGGAAAGCUGCUGCGGUCAUCCCCCUCUUCAAAGGGGGUGACACUCUAGACCCAAACUGCUACAGACCUAUAUCUAUCCUACCCUGCCUUUCUAAGGUCUUCGAAAGCCUAGUUAACAAACAGAUUACCGACCAUUUCGAAUCCCACUGUACCUUCUCCGCUAUGCAAUCCGGUUUCAGAACUGGUCAUGGGUGCACCUCAGCCACGCUCAAGGUCCUAAACGACAUCAUAACCGCCAUCGAUAAGAGACAUUACUGUGCAGCCGUAUUCAUCAACCUGGCCAAGGCUUUCGACUCUGUCAAUCACCACAUUCUUAUUGGCAGACUCGACAGCCUUGGUUUCUCAAAUGAUUGUCUCGCCUUGUUUACCAACUACUUCUCUGAUAGAGUUCAGUGUGUCAAAUCGGAGAGCCUGUUGUCCAGACCUCUGGCAGUCUCUAUGGGAGUGCCACAGGUUUCAAUUCUCGGGCCGACUCUCUUCUCUGUAAUCAUCAAUGAUGUCGCUCUUGCUGCUGGGGAUUCUCUGAUCCACCUCUACGCAGACGACACCAUUCUGUAUACUUCUGGCCCCUCUUUGGACACUGUGUUAACUAACCUCCAGACGAGCUUCAAUGCCAUACAACUCUCCUUCCGUGGCCUCCAACUGCUCUUAAAUGUAAGUAAAACGAAAUGCAUGCUAUUCAAUCGAUCACUGCCUGCACAUGCCCGCCCGGCCAGCAUCACUACUCUGGACGGCUCUGACUUAGAAUACGUGGACAACUACAAAUACUCAGUUGGUAGAGCAUGGCGCUUGCAACGCCAGGGUUGUGGGUUCGAUUCCCACGGGGGGCCAGUACAAAAAAGUAUGAAUGUAUGUACUUGUAAGUCGCUCUGGAUAAGAGCGUCUGCUAAAUGACUUAACCUAGGUAUUUACAUUUACAUUUAUCUCAGCUCACUGGUCACCAUAGCAGUACCCACCCGUAGCAAGCGCUCCAGCAGGUACAUCUCACUGGUCACCCCCAAAGCCAAUUCCCCCUUUGGUCGCCUUUCCUUCCAGUUCUCUGCUGCCAAUGACUGGGACCAACUGCAAAAAUCACUGAAGCUGGAGACUCAUUUCUCCCUCACUAGCUUUAAGCACCAGCUGUCAGAGUAGCUCACAGAUCACUGCACCUGUACAUAGCCCAUCUGUAAACAGCCCAUAUAUCUACCUCAUCCCCAUACUGUAUUUAUUUAUUUAUCUUGCUCCUCGGCACCCCAGUAUCUCUACUUUCACAUUCAUCUUCUGCACAUCUACCAUUCCAGUGUUUAAUUGCUAUAUUGUAAUUACUUUGCCACCAUGGCCUAAUUAUUGCCUUAACUCCCUUAUCUUACCUCAUUUGCACUCACUGUUUAUAGACUUUUUUCUUUCUUUUUUCUACUGUAUUAUUGACUAUGUUUUGUUUGUUCCAUGUGUAACUCUGUGUUGUCGUAUGUGUCGAAUUGCUAUGCUUUAUCUGGGCCAGGUCGCAGUUGCAAAUGAGAACUUGUUCUCAACUAGCCUACCUGGUUAAAUAAAGGUGAAAUAAAAAUAAAUAAAUAAAUAGAGAUCAUAAACGUUGGCCUAGUUGACUUGUUUUAUGAUAUAGAAUUGUGAAGUGCACAUUUCGACUUCUUUGGCUUGCUUGUAUGACAAUUAAAGCAGCACUUAUUAUAAUCCUCAACGUCUCAUCUUUCAAAAUACAGUCGUGGCCAAAAGUUUUGAGAAUGACACAAAUAUUAAUUUCCACAAAGUUUGCUGCUUCAGUGUCUUUAGAUAUUUUUGUCAAAUGUUACUAUGGAAUACUGAAGUAUAAUUACAAACAUUUCAUAAGUGUCAAAGGCUUUUAUUGACAAGAACAUGAAGUUGAUGCAAACAGUCAAUAUUUGCAGUUUGGACCCUUCUGUUUCAAGACCUCUGCAAUCCACCCUGGCAUGCAGUCAAUUAACUUCUGGGCCACGUCCUGACUGAUGGCAGCCCAUUCUUGCAUAAUCAAUGCUUGGAGUUUGUCAGAAUUUGUGGGGUUUUGUUUGUCCACCCGCCUCUUGAGGAUUGACCACAAGUUCUCAAUGGGAUUAAGGUCUGGGGAGUUUCCUGGCCAUGGACCCAAAAUAUCGAUGUUUUGUUCCCCGAGCCACUUAGUUAUCACCUUUGCAUUAUGGCAAGGUGCUCCAUCAUGCUGGAAAAGGCAUUGUUCGUCACCAAACUGUUUCUGGAUGGUUGGGAGAAGUUGCUCUCGGAGGAUGUGUUGGUACCAUUCAUUAUUCAUGGCUGUGUUCUUAGGCAAAAUUGUGAGUGAGCCCACUCCCUUGGCUGAUAAGCAACCCCACACAUGAAUGGUCUCAGGAUGCUUUACUGUUGGCAUGACACAGGGCUGAUGGUAGCGCUCACCUUGUCUUCUCCGGACAAGUUUUUUCCCGGAUCCCCCAAACAAUCGGAAAGGUGAUUCAUCAGAGAAAAUGACUUUACCCCAGUCCUCAGCAGUCCAAUCCCUGUACCUUUUGCAGAAUAUCAGUCUGUCCCUGAUGUUUUUCCUGGAGAGAAGUGGCUUCUUUGCUGCCCUUCUUGACACCAGGCCAUCCUCCAAAAGUCUUCGCCUCACUGUGCGUGCAGAUGCACUCACACCUGCCUGCUGCCAUUCCUGAGCAAGCUCUGUACUGGUGGUGCCCCGAUCCCGCAGCUGAAUCAACUUUAGGAGAUGGUCCUGGCACUUGCUGGACUUUCUUGGGCGGCCUGAAGCCUUCUUCACAACAAUUUAACCGCUCUCCUUUAAGUCCUUGAUGAUCUGUUUUGUCGUAUGUGUCGAAUUGCUAUGCUUUAUCUUGGCCAGGUCGCAGUUGCAAAUGAGAACUUGUUCUCAACUAGCCUACCUGGUUAAAUAAAGGUGAAAUAAAAAUAAAUAAAUAAAUAGAGAUCAUAAACGUUGGCCUAGUUGACUUGUUUUAUGAUAUAGAAUUGUGAAGUGCACAUUUCGACUUCUUUGGCUUGCUUGUAUGACAAUUAAAGCAGCAUUUAUUAUAAUCCUCAACGUCUCAUUUUUCAAAAUACAAUCGUGACCAAAAGUUUUGAGAAUGACACUAUUAAUGACAAAUAUUAAUUUCCACAAAGUUUUCUGCUUCAGUGUCUUUAGAUAUUUUUGUCAAAUGUUACUAUGGAAUAGUGAAGUAUAAUUACAAGCAUUUCAUAAGUGUCAAAGGCUUUUAUUGACAAGAACAUGAAGUUGAUGCAAACAGUCAAUAUUUGCAGUGUUGACCCUUCUUUUUCAAGACCUCUGCAAUCCACCCUGGCAUGCAGUCAAUUAACUUCUGGGCCACGUCCUGACUGAUGGCAGCCCAUUCUUGCAUAAUCAAUGCUUCAGUCCUGUGUCUUCUUCACAACAAUUUAACCGCUCUCCUUGAAGUCCUGGAUGAUCUGAUAAAUGGUUGAUUUAGGUGCAAUCUUACUGGCAGCAUUAUUCUUGCCUGUGAAACCCUUUUUGUGCAAAGCACAAACGGCACAUGUUUCCUUGCAGGUAACCAUGGUUGACAGAGGAAGAACAGUGAUUCCAAGAACCACACUCCUUUUGAAGCUUCCAGUCUGUUAUUCAAACUCAAUCAGCAUGACAGAGUGAUCUCCAGCCUUGUCCACGUCAACACUCACACCUGUGUUAACGAGAGAAUCACUGACAUGAUGUCAGCUGGUCCUUUUUUGUGGCAGGGCUGAAAUGCAGUGGAAAUGUUUUUGGGGGAUUCAGUUAAUUUGCAUGGCAAAGAGGGACUUUGCAAUUAAUCUGAUCACUCUUCAUAACAUUCUGGAGUAUAUGCAAAUUGCCAUCAAACAAACAAAGGAAGCAGACUUUGUGAAAAUAUAUAUUUGUGUCAUUCUCAAAACUUUUGGCCACGACUGUACAAUGAGUCCUUAAUGUACAGCAUUUCCCUCACUCAGACAACAAAAGAUUUGCAAAAGUUGCCCAUUUAGCAGGAGGGACGGGGGCAAUAACUUGUCGCACGAGGUGCUCAAGUUCAGAAUGGCUGUCAGUCAAAACCCAUACAGCGCUUUGAAGGACAGAGCCUGAGGUCUAAUCCAGGCACUUGUCAUCUCCCGUCUGGAUUACUGCAACUCGCUGUUGGCUGGGCUCCCUGCCUGUGCCAUUAAACCCCUACAACUCAUCCAGAACGCCGCAGCCCGUCUGGUGUUCAACCUUCCCAAGUUCUCUCACGUCACCCCGCUCCUCCGCUCUCUCCACUGGCUUCCAGUUGAAGCUCGCAUCCGCUACAAGACCAUGGUGCUUGCCUACGGAGCUGUGAGGGGAACGGCACCUCAGUACCUUCAGGCUCUGAUCAGGCCCUACACCCAAACAAGGGCACUGCGUUCAUCCACCUCUGGCCUGCUCGCCUCCCUACCACUGAGGAAGUACAGUUCCCGCUCAGCCCAGUCAAAACUGUUCGCUGCUCUGGCACCCCAAUGGUGGAACAAACUCCCUCACGACGCCAGGACAGCGGAGUCAAUCACCACCUUCCGGAGACACCUGAAACCCCACCUCUUCAAGGAAUACCUAGGAUAGGAUAAAGCAAUCCUUCUGCCCCCCCCCCUUAAAAGAUUUAGAUGCACUAUUGUAAAGUGGCUGUUCCACUGGAUGUCAUAAGGUGAAUGCACCAAUUUGUAAGUCGCUCUGGAUAAGAGCGUCUGCUAAAUGACUUAAAUGUAAAAUGUAAAUGUAGGUCUGACAUCAUGUAUAGCAUGUUACUGUUCAGCCACAAUUCUCCAAUUAGGCGUUUCAGUGCCCAAAUUCAGUGCCCAAAUCAGCCAUUUUCAACCCGUAUAUGAGUGUAAAGGGCUACAUGUAACAACAAAACAUUGUUUAUAAAAAGCAACACUAUAAUUUGUUUACAAGCAUGAUUGCUGUACUUUUAGUUCAUGGUUUACGCAGCUUGUUGGCCUUUAGCCAAUCUGUGUUUCAAACGAGCUCAAAGCACCUGAAUAAAUCCAACUGGUAUUGUAACGGCUGUCGUCGGAAGAAGGUGAAGACCAAAACGCAGCGUGGUAAGUGUUGGUCAUAUUUAAUAGAAACUGAACACUAAAAAGCAAAAACAACAAAGUGACAACCUGGAGGGAGGAGACGGAGAGACAGCCUGGUGCAUGGGGCUGCCACAGGACCCACCAGGCUGGGGAGACCUACAGGAGGCCUGGUGUGUGGAGGAGGCACCGGAUGGACCGGGCUGUGGGGGAGCACUGGAGCUCUGGUGCGCAGCCUUGGCACCACUCCUCCAGGCUGGAUGACCACUUUAGCCCGGACCCUCCAGAGUGCAGGCACAGGUUGAACCGCUGCUGCUCGAUACCACGCUGCUUGGUCCUUGGUUGGUGGGUGAUUCUGUAACGGCUGUCGUCGGAAGAAGGUGAAGACCGAAACGCAGCGUGGUAAGUGUUCGUCAUAUUUAACAGAAACUGAACACUAAAAAGCAAAAACAACAAAGUGACAACCGAAACAGUUCCAACACACACUAAACAGAAAUUAAUCACCCACAACACAAAAUGGGAAAACAGGCUACCUAAGUAUGGCUCCCAAUCAGAGACAACGAUAGACAGCUGCCUCUGAUUGGGAACCAUACCAGGCCAAGCACAUAGAAAACCAACAACAUAGAAAAAAGAACAUAGACUGCCCACCCUAGUCACACCCUGGCCUAACCAAAAUAGAGAAUAAAAAACCUCUCUAUAGCCAGGGCGUGACAGGUAUUUACGACUUCACAACUGGUAAAUUCCAACUUCCCACUUGGUUACGAACACAGUAUUACGAGACCCAACUCCUAAACCUUUACCAAUCUCAAUUCCAAGCCCUCCCCCCCAUGUGCCUGUCAGUUGGCAUUGAUAGGAGUGAUGAGAAGAACCUUCUUCCCACACCAACUGAAAUGGGUCAGGUCAUACAAAAACUACACAGUGGACCUUUAAGGCACACUUACAGAGAAAAGAGUCAGGCUUGGCAGUUCAACUCUGCCAUUGUGUCAGCAUUUUUGUAGGGUUCAUAUAACAAACCUCACUGAACAGUUACAAUGCAUUUUUUAAGUUUGGGCAAAGAUCACUGGGAAAUAUGCAAAUACUGUGCAAUGACAGGCUAGUUCUUUUUGGCCACCAAACAUGUUUCCCAUAUUUCACUGGCCAUUCUGAAACGUUCUAUUAGUUGUCUUCAGGAAAAGAUCAAAAUAACAUCAACCUGAGCUGCUGCCACGGGACAUUGUCUUUCUGAAGCAACUAUAGACCUACACCAGUGGCGGUCGGUGCUGUUUAAGAUUAGGGAGGACAGUCAUUCAUAUUCAAUUCAACCAGCUCAAUGUAACAUCGAUAGGUUUAGGCUACUACUCUAAUUUCCCCUAUACCCUUCAUGAGGUUCCUACAACCUAGCCUACGAAUGAAAGUUUGUAACGUAGGUGCUCAAGCUGACAGACAGUGACACAUUGAAUACCGCCUUGCAUCUAGCUGAUCUACAGUGUAAUCAUUAGGCCAAACAGUUGCAAGCAAGAGUUUCUAUUGGACAUAUUCAAGUAGGUUUAUCCCCGUUUCGUUCCAUUUAGGAAACUUUUUUCAACAGAAGCGGCCGAGUGAAUACACCACUGAUCACCCGCACACACAAUUCACUUUCAUAGCAGCCACAUACGAACAGCAUCAUCACUUUGCUCGUUGUAUAAUUCCUUCUCGCAUCUACGCGCUCUCCUUCUCUCACCUUUUCCAUUUGCUCAUAUAGUUCAGUGCACAACACAACAGCUGUCUGUGACCAAGCGAAAAAACCUUUCCAAGCCAAACCUUCAUACAGUACCAUAACCGCUAACCAUUACACACAGCCUACAUCAUUGUCACCAUAUUAGCUAAUGUCAUAGUUAACAUAGCUACUAGAACUAAUGUGUUUGUUAACCCGCUAAAAUCACGCAGUACAGCAAGCAGUUUAGCAGUUACACCGGCGGGACCCGACAGCCUUAUUCUAAAAAUGUAUUAAAAAAAUUAAAAAUACUCAUGAAUCUCCACACAAUACCCCAUAAUGACAAAGCAAUGUACUGUAUCUCUCUCUCGCUCUGCUGCUUCUGUUCAAAACUGGUCAACUAUUGUCUUUCUCUCUCUUUGAGUCAACUACUCACCACAUUUUAUGCACUGCACUGCUAGCUAGCUUUAGAUUAAGCUUUCAAUACUAGAUUAUUAAACGGUUGUUUUUGUAUUGUUUAUUGUUUUUGUCAGCGACAUCCUAAUAAAAAGGAAUAUGUACGCUCACCACGCUGUGCUUUGGUCCACUUCAUUCGACGGCUGUGACACACCCAGAGGAUGGAAAAUAUCUGUUCUCUGGUUACACCAUGGUGCUACCCCAGAGAGUGCUGUUGAGGCUACUGACCAUUGCAAAACAGUGUUUUUUAAUCAGUUUAUGUGGUGACUUCAAUAUUUGUAGUAUAGUUUUAUCUAAAAAGGAAAACUUUUUAAUUGAUCACUAUUUUCAUUUUUAUGAAAAUCACUGAGUAGGAUGGUCCUCCCCUCCCUCCUUUGAGGAGCCUCCGCUGAUACACCUAAGAUCCUGCAUUCUCAAGCCUUCAGCUUGCUGCAUCUCAGGGUAGUGAGGGUACUGCACUAACAUAUUGCAUAGCAUCAACACUUGCCAAUAUUGUUAACCUGACUUGGGAUACGUGACAAUCCAUAUGUAGCUACUUCUGAGGGAGAAGUUGGCGAUCUCCUCCAUCUUUCCUCUGCAGAAGGGUGGAAGUCGUACUCCAUCAAACUCAAAGUAUUUGCUCUCAAACUCAAAACGGACACCCAACGAAAAUAUCUUCAUAAUCAAUUCAACGGUUAUAAUUAGAUUUGUUUUGAGAGAAAUAAUGUGUUUCCUCUUGAGUAUGGCUUGGCUAGGACGUGAUAGUGCACGAGCGAAGUACUCCUUGACCUUCAGGCUUCAGCCAAUCACGUCGUCGCAACGAUGUAAUUUGAUGCGAUCAUGGAAUGCGCGCGCCUCCUGCUCAGCUUCAGCACCAGCUCGCUGUGGCGGGGUAUGCGCGUGCUCACUAGUCUCUGUAGCCGGAAGAGGAAUGCCUUCAAGCAUACAUGAAGCAUUCAAGCUGAUGCAGGUCCUCGCCAAGGACUGUCCACCCGGGAUGUUCGACCUAACGAAGGAAUGGAAUCUGUCGUUUGCCGGCUGCGGGUUCCUGGGGAUCUAUCACAUCGGAGUGGCCAGCUGCCUGUUGGAACAAGCGCCUUACCUCAUCAAAGGUGCCACCAAGAUCUACGGGGCUUCCGCCGGUGCCCUAACCGCCACGGUGCUCGCCAGCCAGGCAUCCAUAGCUAAGUGCUGUGAGGAUGUGAUCGAGACAGCCAAGGAGGCCCGGAAGCGUAACCUGGGUCCCCUCCACCCCUCCUUCAACCUGGUCAAGGUCAUCAGGUCGGGCCUGGAGCGUGACCUGCCCACCGAUGCACACACACUCGCCUCCGGGAGGCUGUGUGUGUCACUCACUCGCGUGUCUGAUGGACAAAACGUCAUUGUGUCCGAGUUCAAGUCCAAGGAGGAGCUCAUCCAGGCACUGGUGUGUAGCUGUUUCAUCCCCAUAUACUGUGGUCUGAUCCCCCCAUCCUUCCAAGGAGUGCGUUACGUGGAUGGGGGAAUCAGUGACAACCUUCCUCAGUCAGAGCUGAAGAACACCAUCAGCAUCUCUCCGUUCUCCGGCGAGAGCGACAUCUGUCCACGGGACACCUCCUUCAACUUCCACGAGCUGCGCUUCACCAACACCUCCAUCCAGAUUAACCUGGACAAUAUGUACCGCCUCAGCAAUGCCCUGUUCCCUCCAGAACCCAAGGUCAUGGCAGAGAUAUGCCAGAGUGGCUACAAGGACGCCCUUCGCUUUCUUGAGGAGAACCAUCUGCUGAAGCUGGAGUGUCCGACUGCCGGCCCCAACCUAUCAGAAGCCAUACACACCUGCUGCUGCAAGCCCACCGCCACGGAAACCACUAAGGACUGGAUGCUCCGCCGGCUCCGCCUCCUGAGGAAGCGGCACUGGUGGCUGGAUGAGCAGAUUGUUGACAACCUGCCUACCCAAAUCAAAAAAGUGUUCUGUGAGGCGUGCCAACAGAAGCCGGGUCUGUAUGCUCAGGUGUCCGAGAUGCUGCCGGUCAGAGUGGCCUCCUACAUGCUCCUGCCCUGCACACUACCUGUGGUAUCAGCCUACUCAGUGGGCAAGAGGUUUGUGGAGUGGAUUCCAGAGGUGCCUGCAGAUAUGCGUUGGCUAGCUGGGGUGGCUGGGGAUGUGGCUGGGAGCGUAUACAGACAGACCUGGAGAGGAGCAACAGCAGACAUAACCAGUGAUGGUUCCCUGAGGAAUUGCAUGAGCCUGCCCCUACCCCUGGACAGUGACGGACACAGGGAGAGAAACGGUCAUCUCUCCGGGUUCGCUCUCUCUGCUCUUGACCUCCAAAGCCAAUACUGGAACAUCCCCACCGCCCCCUCUUCCCACCGCCGCACCAGCCCCCUCAUGCCCAGCCCCUCCCCACGACAGAUCUGCUUCUUUGUUGGCUCGCAGGACGAGACUGACUGACAGUCCCAUCCACCAAUGAGAGGACACUGUGACUUUGUUUUAAAAGAUGAUAGGACAGUCCAGCUCAAGAUCCCUCCCACAGGGCCUGUCUAUAGGCUAUAGGAACUGUGAAGGGUGGUUUGGGAUGGACAAAUGAUGGUCAUGUGAUUGAAUAGCUUUGGGAUCCAGAACUGUUGCUAUAGACACACUAAUCAUGUAUUUUGAUCACUCCACCAAUCAUAUUUUAUACUACAGUACACAUUGUAAAACAAUUUACCAGCUCACCACCAAAGACGUCUGCAAGUGAAUUAUUUUUUGAAAUUAUACAUUUUAUAACUAACUAUGUCUAGAUUUUCCGGAUAACUUGUUGUCACUACAACUAUACCUACCUACCUACCUACCUACCAGAGGAGGCUGGUGGAAGGAGCUAUAGGAGGACCGGCUCAUUGUAAUGGCUGGAAUAGAAUAAAUGGAACGGUAUCAACCACAUCAAACAGGGGUGGCAGGUAGCCUAGUGGUUAGAGCUUUGGGCCAGACACCGAAAUGUUGCUGGAUUGAAUCCCCGAGCUGACAAGGUCAAAAUCUGUCGUUAUACCCCUGAAAAAGGCAGUUAAACCACUGUUCCCCAGUAGGCUGUCAUUGUAAAUAAGAUUUUUUUUUAAACAUAUGGAAACCACGUUUGACUCUGUUCCAUUUCUUCCAUUCCAGCCAUAACAAUGAGCCUGUCCUCCUAUAGCUCAUCCCACCAGCCUCCUCUGCCACCUACCUACAGUACACAGGGGGUUGGUAGCACCUUAAUUGGGGAGAUGGGCUCAUGGUAAUGGCAGAAGUGGAAUGGUAUCAAUAACAUGGUUUCCAUGUGUUUUCUGUCCCAGACAUUAUUAUGAGGUGUUCUCCCCUCGGCAGCCUCCUUUGCUACAGUACCUACGUACGUGUGUUCAUUUAAAUGUAGCAUUCAUUCCUAACGGACUGUUGACUUCCUUGACUAUGAGCUGUGUGUUUUCCUGACUACUAUUAGACAGAACCCUUGAACUGAACUAUGAACUACUGUGAUGAGCUGUGAUGUCAAGACAUUUGAAUCACAAUAUUCUUGAAAGUUCCUUUCAGAGCUUCUCUUAAUGUUGCCUAUUGCUUUUGCACAAUAACUUUAGGUGCAUAGGAUUCACAAUUUGUAUAUGGCAUCUUCAAAUGGGUCAUUUACAUGAAAACUGUUUUAAAAUGUAUGUAGAAAAUUGAGUUACAAAACCAUGUUGCAUCUGCAAAAUCAACUAUCAUUCAGAGGACUAAGAUGUCUAGUUUUUGGGAAAGUGUCUUAUUUUAAAUCCAUUUGACAUUUUCCCCAGAAUUUUGUAAUUUUUUUACCCCAAAUUCCCUUUACUGAAAUGCUUUCGGAUUAAAUUCUCAGGUCAUUUUUUAUAUUUUUUUAUAUUUAGGAAAACCUCAUUUCACAUGAAUAAAACACAAAAUAUGUUGCUGUAAUUUGUCCAUAAAUCAUAAAAAUGGUAUACUAGUUGAGGUUUACAUUAAACUAUAAUAUUUAUAAUUAAAUGCUUCAGAGUUCAAGUAACCGACACAUCUCAACAUCAACUGUUCAGAGGAGACUGCAUGAAUCAGGCCUUCAUGGUUGAAUUGCUGCAAAGAAAUCACUACUAAAGGAUACCAAUAAUAAGAAGAGACUUGCUUGGGCCAAGAAACACGAGCAGUGGACAUUAGAUCGGUGGAAAUCUAUCCUUUGGUCUGAUGAGUCCAAAUUAGACAUUUUUGGUUCCAAUCCCGUGUCUUUGUGAGACGGAGAGUAGGUGAACUGAUGAUCUCUGCAUGUGUGGUUCCCACCGUGAAGCAUGGAGGAGGUGGUGUGAUGGUGUGGGGGUGCUUUGCUGGUGCCACUCUGUGAUUUAUUUAGAAUUCAAGGCACAUUUAACCAGUAUUGCUACCACAGCAUUCUGCAGCGAUACGCCAUCCCAUCUGGUUCGCACUUAGUGGGACUAUCAUUUGUUUUUCAACAGGACAAUGACCCAAAACACACCUCCAGGCUGUGUAAGGGAUAUUUGACCAAGAAGGAGAGUGGAGGAGUGCUGCAUCAGAUGACUUGGCUUCCACAAUCACCCGACCUCAACCCAUUUGAGAUGGUUUGGUAUGAGUUGGACCGCAAAGUGAAGGAAAAGUAGCCAACAAGUGCUCAGCAUAUGUAGGAACUCCUUCAAGACUAUUGGAAAGGCAUUCCAGGUGACAACCUCAUGAAGCUGGUUGAGAGAAUGCCAAGAGUUUGCAACGCUGUCAUCAAGCAAAGGGUGGCUACAUUGAAGAAUCAAAUAUAAAAUAUUUGAUUUGUUUAACACUUUUUUGGUUACUACAUGAUUCCAUAUGUGUUAUUUCAUCGUUUUGAUAUCUUCACUAAUAUUCUACAAUGUAGAAAAUAGUAAAAAUAAAGAAAAACCCUUGAAUGAGUAGGCGUGUCCACACUUUUGACUGGUACUGUAUGUGUUACACUGAAAACCUCUGCCUACUUGUUCCUUUUAUGCUUUACUGUUGUUAUUGCACAGAUGGCCCUUAUCUUAAUAACAUAAAUCACAAAAAAAUGUAUGAUGUGACAUUCUGUGUUUAAAUAUACUGUAACUGUUUAAAUCCUA